AUGUACUCGAGUACAUGUAAUUAUGUGGCCAUUUUCAAAAUUUCCCCCGCCAGCUCUAUCCAAGCUCAACCGCCGAGGAUCAAAACCGAGAAAGGGCGCAAGGGGGAACAGUUGCAAGUCUCCCCUGCGUGCCAGGGAUAUCAUAUGGAGGUCGACUGCCCUCCUGGUCCACGGGUCAAGAUACCCUCGAACACACCGCGCGCGAGUAUGCUCCCUUAUCCCGUGCCGUUACGUGAUGUGUGUUUGUAA